CGGUAGAGAAAGAGCUAAUUGAAAAAGAAAAAAAAACCCUUUUUUUAAUUCGUCUCGGUGUCGAUCCAAAGUCUCUCCUCUUUCUUUCUCUCUCUCUCUCUCGUUCAACGGGCAAAGUUUUUUUCGAAUAAAGUUUCGUCUUUUAACGUUCUUGUUCUCCUUCUUCUGCUCCUGCCGAAUUGGUCCAUCAAUCUAAUCUCGAUGAGCUUCAAUUUCAAUCCAUCGUCUUCCUCUUCUCCUCCUCCUCCUCCAGAUGAGGGAGAAAGAGGUGAAGAAGUGAAGAAGAUGGAGGAGGAGGAGGAGGAUGAGUGUGUAGAGAAUAAGCAAUCAACAGCUGCUUCUUGCUCCUCUGUAUCUGAAGGCAGUGGUGGUGGUGGUGGUAGUAGUUUCCUCAAGUCUCCUCCUGCUGUUGCAAGUCCUCCCACUGUCUCUCCUACUCAUAGGAGGACGAGUGGACCUAUAAGGCGAGCCAAGGGCGGUUGGACUACUGAAGAGGAUGAGACAUUGAGACGAGCAGUUUGUACCUAUAAUGCCAAGAGCUGGAAGAAAAUAGCUGAGUUUUUCCCUGAUAGAACCGAAGUUCAAUGCCUGCACCGAUGGCAGAAAGUUUUGAAUCCUGACCUUAUUAAAGGACCUUGGAUGCAAGAGGAGGAUGAGAAGAUCGUUGAACUUGUUAAAAAAUACGGUCCUGCGAAAUGGUCUACUAUCGCAAAGUCUUUAGAAGGUCGAAUUGGGAAGCAAUGUCGAGAAAGGUGGCACAACCAUUUGAACCCUGGUAUCAACAAGGAGGCUUGGACCCCUGAGGAAGAGUUAGCUCUCAUGAAUGCUCAUCGAGUCCACGGAAACAGAUGGGCUGAAAUCGCUAAGGUCUUACCCGGCAGAACCGAUAAUUCGAUAAAGAAUCACUGGAACAGUUCAUUGAAGAAGAAGUCAGAGUUCUACCAAGCUAAUGGCGCCUUACCACCUUCAGCAGCAAAGAACGGUGUUCUUGAUAGUGCUACUAAACGUCCAUUGUUUUAUCAGAGAAGGGAUUCUGCUAUACAGAUAAACAAACCAGAUGAAGACGGAAGACACCAGCUAAACUCUUCUGCUCCUCUCGAAGAAGUAGUAGCUGCCUCACCACUGACCAGUGAUCAGUUACCUAACCCAGAGCCAUCGCCGGAGAAUGGUUACCAUCUUUACUACAAGAACCAUCAAACAGAGUAUUCCAUGGCGUCAGAAGCGGAUAAGCAGCGUAUGUACGGGUAUGAAUGCGGCUGCAGUCCAAGCGCAUCACCUGUUAUCUUCUUCACUCCACCGCCGCCUAGUAGAAAAGAGUACUUUAACGGUUUGCGUCCAACGAGUCCUGAAUCUUACCUGAGGGAAGCUGCUAGAACUUUCCCAAACACGCCUUCCAUAUUCAGGAAAAGACGACGCAGGACUGUUGUUGUUGUUUCUGAUAGUGACAACAAGGCCACGAAAACAGAUGAAGAAGCUGCUAAAGAGGCUGUUGUUGUUGUUGAUCAGAAGGUGAAUGAGAUCUCAGAGAGCCCUGAUAUUGAAGAGAAGGAGAGCAAUGAUGGAUCAAACGCUUACAACUUGUCUCCUCCAUACCGGAUAAGAUCCAAAAGAACAGCUGUUUUCAAGUCAAGACAGCUUGAGUUCAUCUCUCCGGAAGAAGAGAAGGCUGAUGAUGACACCAAAUCAUCUGAGAAAGAUAAGGUGCUUGAUGGGGGAGACUCUCAACUCCCAGUCUAAAGAAAAGAAAGACUUGUUUUUUCUUCAUUACACGCUGAAUUUUUGUUAUUGGUUUUUCUUGAUAAUAUCUUUUAUUUUAUUUUUUGGGUAACUUUAAAACUGUAUUUAUACCAAAGAAUAAUUCACAACACCUCAUUACUUA